ACAACAAAGUUAUUAUCGAGUUCACAUAUUGCGGUGGAAUUUUCCAGUGUCGUUUAGAUUUUAUAAAGUGUAAACUGUCAUCGAAGUGUGAAAAAAAACAAGAAAGAGUUGCUAAAAUAAUACAUUAUUAAAUAGAUUGUGAAUUUUAUUUAUAUUUUCACUAAUUUUUUAAUCUUAUCAGUUCAAAUUAUUUUAAGCUUUCCUUAGAAGAAAAAUAUUAUUUGAAAAUUUGGUGUUAAAAAACUGACUCUCUAAAGCAGUAAUAAUGUAUUUUUGUUAAAAUUUCUAAGCACGGAACAGCGUUAUGUAAGAAUUGAGAAAUGACUGUAGUGACUUUGCAUGAAAAAGUGACUAAAAAGUGAUUUGAAAAAAAGUGACUUCAGUGGCUGUGUGGCAGGCCUGACCAAAGGUUUUGGAAAAGUCCAAAACAUCGAAAGUCAAUGACAGUCAAGGAUCUGAAUCUGUCUGAAAGAAGUCGCAAGUUGUCAAAAUAUAAAAUGGAAUUUUGCACCAAAAGUUUUUGUGAACAAAAAAGUAAAGUUGUGUCCCGAAAUAUUUAAGAACUAGAAAAGAAGAUCAAUGAAUUCAUCUCUAGGAAAAAUUCACUCUUAAAUUUUAUCCACCAAAACAUAAAUCAUGUCGACAACUUUGAUAAGGUCCUUGAAUCGAAGAUCGCCUUUGUGUUUGAGCAUUUGCAGAUAUGCAGCCACAAAUAGCACGGGUCCAUGUGCGGUUUACGAUUUGGUGGUUGUUGGUGGGGGAAUUGUUGGGUGUGCGACUGCAAGGGAAAUGCUAGUGAGGCAUCCAAAUUUGAAAAUCGCUAUUGUGGAAAAAGAAAAAGAUGUUGCGAUGCACCAAACUGGUCACAAUAGUGGAGUUGUUCACGCUGGAAUAUAUUAUGUGCCUGGAAGCAUGAAGGCAAAACUUUGCGUGGAAGGGAUGAAACUUUCCUACGACUAUUUUUGCAAGAACGACAUACCUCAUAAAAAAGUAGGAAAAUUUAUAGUUGCCAAAAACCAGAGUGAAAUAACAGGUCUGCAUGAACUUUAUGAAAGAGCAUCAAAAAACAAAGUCCCUGAUCUGGAACUUGUCGAAAAGGACUGUAUGCAAAACUACGAGCCAAAAGUCAAGGGCGAGAAGGCACUUUGGUCUCCAUGGACUGGAAUAGUAGAUUGGGGACUUGUUUGUCGACACUUUGCUGACGAAUUCAAAAAAAUGGGUGGCGAGAUCUUCCUUAAUUACGAAGUCACCGGAUUUGCAGAAUGUGCCGAGUCGAAAGGUUCUUCUGAAUACGUUCCAAUUUCCAUUAAUUCAAAAACAAAGACUAUACUGAGCAAAUAUGCUGUAACUUGUGCCGGUUUACAUUCCGAUCGCGUUGCCGUAAUGACUGGUUGUGAAUUGAGUCCUCGAAUCAUUCCAUUUCGGGGAGAAUAUCUUAUAUUGAAGGAUGAAAAAAAACAUCUCGUCACAACGAAUAUAUAUCCAGUUCCAGAUCCGAGAUUUCCAUUCCUAGGGGUUCAUUUUACGCCUAGAAUGAGUGGAGACAUUUGGUUAGGUCCUAAUGCUGUUCUAGCAUUAGCUAGGGAAGGAUAUAGCUGGAAGGAUGUCAACAUCAAAGACUGCAUAGAAUUAUUUUCAUCCCCAGGAUUCUAUAAAUAUAUCUUUAGGAACCUAGGCCCGGGAAUAAGGGAGAUGAUGAAAUCAGUUUAUUAUCCUCUCGCUGUGAAAGAGGCACAACAUUUUUUGCAAGAACUUUCAGUCAAAGAUGUAAAAAGAGGGCCAGCGGGAGUAAGAGCUCAGGCUAUGACUGACGAUGGAAAAUUGGUGGAUGAUUUCGUAUUCGACGGAGGAAAAGGAACUAUCGGAAGCAGAGUAAUGCACGUACGAAAUGCUCCGUCGCCAGCUGCCACCAGUAGUAUGGCGAUAGCAAAAUUCAUUUCAGACAAAAUCGAAAACGACUUUAAAUUUUAAUCCUUUCUCGAAUUUUGGUCUUAAUUUUUUUUAUUCAACUCCUUAUGUCCCUUCAGAAGGACUAAUUUUGUACAUAAUUUAAAGUCUUAAGAGGUAAUUAAAAAAAAUUAAAUUAAUUAAAAAAUUAAAUCAACGCAGAUACAAAUUUACAACGAUGAUCUCGAAAUUCAUUCCAAAAGAGAUUUUCGACUCUAGAUUUUUUGUUUACAAAGCAAAUUACAAAUAGAGAAGAAAUUUAAAAUGUGAGAAUUUAAUUCUUCUUUUGUGGAAGAAAAUAAUUAUUUAAGAAAGGUGUAUAUUUACAGGUGUAACUUUUGCUAGAAAAGAUUGUUCACAAGCCUUCCUCUCUCUUUAUGUACAAUAUGGACAAUAAAAUUGUUUAUAUAAUUCAUACGAA